AUGUCUCUUGAUCUUGACGAAUAUUUGCGAUAUGGCCGCCAAAUGAUUGUUCCGGAAUUUGGCGGUCUAAAUACCCAGCUGGAUCUCAAAAAUGCUUCUAUCCUUAUCAUUGGUGCAGGCGGUCUUGGGUGUCCUGCUAUUGCGUACCUUGCUGGCGCAGGUAUCGGCACACUCACCAUUGUUGAUGGUGAUACAGUCGAGGCUUCCAAUUUACACCGACAGGUGGCUCACAGUACGGCCACGGUGGGAGAGUACAAGGUCGUGAGCGCAGCAAAGUUUGUGGCCAACUUGAAUCCUCAUGUUAACGUAAGGACUGUGACAAGCCACUUAACUUUGGACAAUGUGUUUGAUGUGAUUAGAACCGAAGAUGCAAAGACAACGGAAACCGGACCAUGGGACUUUGAUGUGAUUUUAGACUGUUCGGAUAACCCGGCAACAAGGUAUCUUGUGAAUGACGCGGCGGUUUUGGCCAAAACUCCUGUUGUUUCAGCAUCUGCGCUCAAAACAGAGGGCCAGCUGUGUUUGCUAAACUUCCAAGGUGGGCCAUGCUAUCGGUGCUUGUUCCCAGUCCCGCCACCUGCCAACUCGGUGGUUGCUUGUGGCGAUGGCGGGAUUUUGGGGCCUGUUGUUGGUAUGCUGGGUGUGUAUCAAGCUUUGGAGGCAAUUAAGAUUGUGGCCAAAAUUUACGAGGGCCCCGAGCCAAAGCAGCAGUAUACUCCAGCGCUAAUGCUAUUCUCUGCAUUGUCUUUUCCAUCAUGGAGAAACAUUCGCAUGCGCGGUGCAAAGCCUGGGUGUGCCGCAUGUGACCCUACCUCACAUGUAACGCGUAAGGAUAUUGAAACCAGAGACUAUGUUGCUUUCUGUGGGCACGCCGAUGCCCCACGGAUACUACCCGAGGAGCGUAUUUCUGCCGGGGACUACGACUAUGGAUGGCACCAAGCUUAA